AUGAGUUCUUUUUUCUCCGGAGGAGGACAUGCAGGAGAGAGAGAAAAAGAGCACAAGAUGCUUUUCCGAGCGAUUCUUGCCGUCUCGGUCCUCGUGACGUUCGCGACGGUGUCUCUGUACCACGCGGACGCGCUCGGCGAAGGCAUUUUCGCGGAAUCGAGCGCGAAACACCACGUGAACACGAUGAAAGCGUCCGGGACGUUGAAGUCUUUGGACGGAUUCAAACACGAAUAUUUAGACCCCGGGCACGAUCACUCGCCGGUCGGGACGUUUGAAGCAGAAUACAGAGAGAAAUUGGAAACCAUGGGGUACACGAAGGAGCAAAUCGCGCACUUCGAGAGGAUGUCCGCGGAGACGUUGGUGCACUUGUUUCAAGAGGCGACGGAGGUGAUCGAUCGGGAGUUACAAAAAUCGAGAGGGACGGCAGAACCGAUGCAUUUGCCAGGUCUGAGCGAGUGGUUGGAGAGGAAGAGGGAAGAUCACGUGAAGAAUAAAAAGGCGAGGGAGGAAAAGGAGAAGGAGGAAGAGGAGGAACGCGAGCGGAGGAUGGAACGCGCGCGAGAGGAAAACGGGCGAGAAGAGGAAGAGAUGGAAGAGAAAUACGGAGGUGACGGAGGUAAAAUGAUGAGUGGGGAAGAGGUCAUGGCGGCGAUUGAGGCGCACGAUAUCGCGUGGAAGAAGGCGCAUCCGCCGCCGAGUCCCCCCGUUGGGAGUAGUUCGAGCAGUAGCAGUAGUCGCGGUAGUAGUAGUAGCAGUAGUAGCUCUGGAGGUGGAUGGAUUUCGAACAAUUUGUUCGGACACUUCGGAAAGAAGAAAAGCGAGGAGGUUGGGUCGGAGGAAAGAGGUGACGGCGAGGGCGAGGGCAACGACGAUGAAAAAGUAGAAACGGAUAGCGGGAGUAGUAGUAGCGGCGGUGGUGACGACGAUGAGGAGUCCAGUACGGACAACGCCGACAAUCCGCCCAGUUUCAAGUCGAUGGAUGAGCGCAAAGCGUUUUUGAAAACGGAUCAGUUCAAAAAACUCGCCGCCGAUCUCACGCCGCCGAAAUUUUGUUACGAAGCGGUGAAUGGAGAAAAAGCGUUCCCGACGAAUGGAAAGAUUACGAAAGGUGCUCCGAGCGUUGCGGCGGCUGCGAAGAUUGCCGAGCAACUCACGGACGAGCGCGAGUGUUGGUUCAUGGACAAGACGUGCGUCGAUGCGCUUUCGCCUGGGAACGGGAAACAGUGGAUUCGCAAAUAUAUGUCCGCAGAAACCACGGUCACGGACAUUUUAGAAGACUUGCCAGAUUUUGGGAAAGGACAACUCGGCACGUGCGCGUUGAUUGGCUCCGCCGAUAACAUGUUGAAGAAAGGAUGGGGCACGCAAAUCGACGCGCACGAUUUCGUCGUUCGAUUCAACUCGAAAAUGAAAGGGUUCGAGAAAGAUAUCGGGUACAAAACUGACGGGUUAUGGCAGAAAGAUUCUUACGUCGGUGCUAUCGGCGGGAACCAAAAGCCGUCCAAGUAUUACAUGAUUCCGAAAAUCAUCCCCAAAAACUUUGUGCGCAAAGACGGCGCGAGAGUCGUCGGGUACAGCACGGCUUUGCCGUCCUGGCGCAAAGCCAUCACGGAAAUCUACAAGAUUUAUAAAAAGGAUAAGAAAAUUACCAAAGGGACACCGACUGGUGGUUUAGCUCGAAUGAUUUCGUUGAUGGAAUCCGGCGCGUGCACGCGAGUGGAUAUUUACGGUUUCUCCGGAGGCGGCGGUAAGUACUUCAAGAAAUCCGCGGUGGUGAAGGACGAGCACAUCAUCUCCGUCGAACAUUACAUCCGUCGAUUAAUGAUGGCCACUGGUUUGCGAGGUAAAGUUUGCGUGUACGGUCAAUAA